AUGCAUCUCCUAUAUGUGUGUUCAAUUUUUAGUGAGUUUUGUGGAGAAAAUUUGAGCAGAUGGAAGUUUAACCGGGCAGUGAACAAACUGAAAUUCUAACAUCUUAUAUCUGUGUUUUUCGCAGCACGUGGACUUGGACCUCCUGCACCCACUACAUACACUCAGGAAUCUCAUGUACUUGGUCAGUCCAGACAGUGAAAACCUGGGAAGGUCCGGGCCAUUUGAAAUUAGCGCUGAUCUGGAAGACUCUAUGGAAUUUGUAGAUCCAAGCGGAGCCGGCGAGAGUGAUGAGAGUGGAGAUGAGCAUAUAAGUGAUGAAGAGACAGAUUUAGGAACUGAUUGGGAGAACCUGCCAAGCCCCAAAUUCUGUGAUAUCCCCUCCCAGCCACUUGAGAUGUUGGACAGUCAGAGUACAAUGAUGUCUCAACCUAUAGCCAGCAGUAGUGCGGGAGGUAUGAUUUCCUCUGCUGCCGCUUCAGUCACCUCGUGGUUCAAAGCAUACACUGGUCACCGUUAA